GAUCUUAAUCGAUAUAUUGAAAAGUAUAAUUUCGAUUAUCGAUAGAACAAACAUAGAGAGAGAUCGUUAAAACGUUAUAACAUUAAAACAUACAAAAAUUGAUUUCAACAUUUAGUAUAAAAUUGUACACUUAAUAAGCUACUUUUUAUUAAAAAAAACUCAAAAUGCACAAAUAUCAAACGCUCCUUGAUCCGAUUGUGGUAUGUCCAUAUGACAAAAGUCACUCUGUCGCAAAAUCUCGUCUUCCAAAGCACAUUAUCAAAUGCGAAAAACAAUAUCCUGAACAUUAUAAGCUCAUGUGUCCAUAUAAUGCAUCCCACCGAUUGUCUAAAAAAGAAUUUGAGGAACAUAUCACUACCUGUCCCACACGUAAUAUAUUGGAAUCAGAAAUAUAUUCAGAAAUAAGAAAACAUGGUGCAACAAAUUUUGUACCUCCAGAUCUUUCAAGUACAAUAGAUUGCAAAGAAAAUUGGGACAUAGAUAUUAAUGACAAUUCCAAUACCAUAACUGAAGAAGAAUAUUCUGUGGGCAAUAACAUUGAUUCAAAGGCUCAUUGUGACUCUCCUCGAAAUAAAUUGAAAAAAAGAAGCUUAGAUGAUAUAUUUAUAAGAGCACCACGUGGUUUCUCUGAAGCUAUGUUAAAAGAAGGGAGUGAAGACUAUUGUAUUGAGGACCUAGAAUCAGUAGUUAGUUCAAUGGGAAUUGGCAGAGGAAAGAUUACAUUGAACACUGAUCAGUUGAAAAAAAUUGGGCUAGGAAGGGGAGCAAAUGAAGACUCUUGUAUAGAGGAUUCAGAAUCAGUAAUUAGUUCAAUGGGAAUUGGCAGAGGAAAGAUUACAUUGAACACUGAUCAGUUGAAAAAAAUUGGACUAGGAAGAGGAGCAAAUGGAGACUCUUGUAUAGAGGACUCAGAAUUAGUAGUUAGUUCAAUGGGAAUUGGCAGAGGAAAGAUUACACUGAACACUAAUCAGUUGAAAAAAAUUGGACUAGGAAGAGGAGCAAAUGAAGACUCUUGUAUAGAGGACUUAGAAUCAGUAGUUAGUUCAGUGGGAAUUGGCAGAGGGAAGAUUACAUUGAACACUGAUCAGUUGAGAAAAAUUGGACUAGGAAGGGGAGCAAAUGAAGACUCUUGUAUAGAGGACUUAGAAUCAGUAGUUAGCUCAAUGGGAAUUGGCAGAGGAAAGAUUACAUUGAACACUGAUAAGUUGAAAAAAAUUGGACUAGGCAGGGGAAGAUCAAUGAACAAUGUUUCAUAAGUGUAAUUCUGUUUUAUAAAUAAUGGUCAACAAAGAUAUAUAUAUGUAUUCAUAUUUUUUUUAAUUUAAAUAAAAUAAUUCAGUAUUAUCUAAAUAUUAUAUUUUUAUAUAUAAUUUACAAU